AUUGUUUAAGUAACACGCCCUAUUUAAUACAUUGCCUCUGCAACACAAUUCUAUUUGAAUCUUUCAAUAUUGUGCGAGAUCACGGAACAGAAAAAACAGUGCGAGAUGUUAUCGUCCAUGGAAGCAUUUUAGAUUUUACUAGUUAGUACUCCACAAAUGCUCGGGGAGCAAACUUCGUUCGACAGAUUUUUGCUAAUGCAAUAUUAAUUAUAUUUUCGCACGAUGUUACGACAUUUUGUAGUUCUCUAUUUAUUUUUUGGCGAGUUUUACGCGAGAGGCAUGUGGUUGACGAAACCUGGACCAAAAUAUCCACCAACGAAGGGUGAGGUCUGGCCUAAACCUCAAAUUGAAGUUAAGAGUAAAACAUAUUAUGUAUUUAACCCUUCGCAAUUUAAAGUUAAGAUUAUGGAUCAGACCUGCGAUAUUUUAACAAAUGCAAUCGCUCGUUACUCCUAUAUAGUUGAGAACAAUAUUGGGCCUAAGGCUCGACACACAGAGCCUGUAUUAGGACCCAGGCUCAUUGCAAAUACAGAAGAUGCAUUUUACAAGGGGCAUCUGAAUGAACUGGAAAUUACACUCACUUCACCCUGUGAAGAGUUACCACAUUUGGAUAUGGAUGAAAGCUAUAACAUAACCGUAUCUUCGAGUUCAAAGCUUAUCAGUUCAUCCAUAUGGGGCGCCAUAAGAGGGCUCGAGACAUUUGCACAACUGUUUUAUAUUUCCGAUGACCAUAAUGAUGUACGAGUAAAUGAAACUAUGAUAUAUGAUUUUCCGCGAUAUAAACAUCGAGGACUGCUGCUUGAUACAUCCAGACACUUUAUUACUUUGCCAAACAUCUUAAAAACUCUCGACGCAAUGGCAUUGAAUAAAAUGAACGUCUUCCAUUGGCACAUAGUCGAUGAUCAAAGUUUUCCUUAUCAAAGUGAAAGGUUUCCAGAAUUAAGUGAAAGAGGUGCUUACGACCCUACAAUGAUUUAUACAAAGGAUGAUAUUGAGAGAGUAAUUGAAUAUGCGAGAAAUCGCGGUAUCAGAGUUAUACCUGAAUUCGAUGUUCCUGGACACACCGCGUCUUGGGGCAAUGCAUACCCUAGCAUCCUGACCGAGUGCUAUGAAAAUGGACGUGUUGUAGGAUUAGGACCCAUUGAUCCGACGAAGAAUAUGACUUACAAACUACUCCGAGACUUGUUCAAAGAAGUACAAAAUUUGUUCCCAGAUAAAUACUUUCACGUUGGUGGUGAUGAAGUUGAAUUACAAUGCUGGCAGUCAAAUCCAAAUCUCAUAAAUUAUAUGAAGGCCAAUAACCUAACAGCGACGGACUUGCACGCUCUAUUCAUGAGAAAUGUUAUCCCCCUUUUGGCAAAUAACACGACGCCCGUAGUUUGGCAGGAAGUAUACGAUGAAGGAGUAACACUGUCAAAAGAUACACUUAUACAAGUAUGGAAAUACAACUGGAUCACUGAAAUGAUUAAUGUUCUGAUGACUGGGCAUCGGGUUUUAUUCUCUUCUUCGUGGUACUUAGAUGCUAUGGGCUCCGAGUGGAAGGACUACUACGCAGCCGAUCCCCGUCAAAUGGUAUAUGACGUUACUGGCAACGAAACUCUUAUGGCAGGCAUUGUUGGAGGAGAAGCUUGUAUGUGGGGUGAGAUGGUGGAUGACAGAAAUGUUCUAAACAGAGUGUGGCCGCGAACGAGUGCGGUUGCUGAAAAACUGUGGAGCUACCGAGACCCCACGAAACGUUACGAUUAUAGGAGAUCACGCGUCCCUCUUGAAGCUUACAACCGGAUAGAGGAGCACGCCUGCCGUAUGAUACGCCGCGGUAUUGAUGCACAACCACCCUCUGGACCUGGAUUCUGUGUUGUCUAACUUGUUGUUUUAGAUUUUGAACUAUUAUGAUAAAUAAAAUUUCUAAAAAUC